AAAAUAUAUUUAUCUCUUAUUAAAAAAUUAUUUUGAUUGAAGUAAAUAUUUAAAUAGUCAUUGCUUUUACAAGUAUACCAUUGCUAUUUAGGUAAUACAUAUUUCAUCAUACUUACAUAGGUGAAGUUGUUUUAUUAUUAACAUCCACUUGCAUAAUUAAGCACAAGUAAAGAAAGGCAAUUUUCAAAAAUAUAAAAUUAUGACUGGUAAAAGAUUACUAUUUAGGCAGCUUUUUGAUAAUAUUAGCUGCACAUAUACAUACUUAUUGGGUGAUAUUCUGGCAAAAGAAGCUGUGCUAAUUGAUCCUGUUCUAGAACAUGCUGAACGAGAUGCUCGUAUUAUUAAAGAAUUGAAUUUAAAUUUAAAAUAUGCUAUGAAUACACACAUGCAUGCUGACCAUGUAACUGGUACUGGACAAUUAAAAAAAAUCUUGCCAAAUUGUAAAAGUUUAAUAUCAAAAGAAAGUGGUGCAAAAGCUGAUGUUUAUGUAACAAGUGGUGAUGUUAUUAAAUUUGGUAAUCAUCAGUUAGAAGUAGUUGCUACUCCAGGGCAUACAAACGGUUGUGUCACAUACAUUUGGAGAGAUCAGGAAAUGGCAUUCACGGGUGAUACACUUUUGAUACGUGGAUGUGGAAGGACUGAUUUUCAAGAAGGAGAUCCAACCACGUUAUAUCAUUCAAUACAUAAAAAUAUAUUUUCAUUACCUGAUCAUUAUUUAUUAUAUCCAGCACAUGACUAUAAAGGCGUUAUGUGUACGUCUGUCGGAGAAGAAAAAUUAUAUAAUCCAAGAUUAACUAAAUCUUUGGAUGAAUUUGUUGAUAUUAUGAAAAAUUUAAAUUUACCAUAUCCAAAAAUGAUUGAUAAAGCUGUCCCUGCUAACAAAGUUUGUGGUGUUUUUGAUUAAGAUAUCAACAUGUUGAAAGUAGGGGUAUGUUAUUUUAACUAAUGUUUCUUCGUUAUCAUUGAAUAAUUAUUAUAUAAGUGUGUACAUAAUUAAUUGUUAU